AUGGCGGGCUCGAACGCACGGAAGGCGUCGACGCCGUCCAAAGGCCCUUCUGUUGUUAAACCGUCCUCAGCGAAGCGCAAUAAGAGCAUUCUGAGCUUCUUCCAGAAAUCAGAUGGUCCAACCGGUGCCAUCUCAUCCCAGCCUCGAAUCACCCAAUUCGUCACAUCUUCUCGCUCUUCGAGCAGCGGCGCAGUCACCCCGAGUAAGGACGAUACGGCAAAUGCAUUGUUCUUGGAAGACAAGAAAGGACUAGCCAAGCUUGAGCAAGCCACGUCAGAAGCUAACACAAAUGGCCGACCUCGAUCACGAACACCCGAAGAUAUUUGGGGCGACGAUGAUGGAUUUCUGAAGGAAGACGACCAUCGAUAUAACGAGAAUGGUUCCUCGUCGAAGCGCAGAAAAAUUGAAUCUCCGUUAGCACCAGUCAAGACUGAGGAUGUACCGAAGUCAGCUAAAUCCUCGGCCCAAGUCAAUGCUGCAACCAGCGGGCCGUUCAUCGAUGAGUCAGAUAGCGAAGACGACAUGGAAGCAUACCGCGAAGUGGAAGAAAUGUCCCCUGCCCCUGCGACUACAACGAAUGAUCGACUGUUCGCACUUGAUGACGACCCGGCCAUGGACCCUCCUGCCGAACAACCGCCAGUGGUAAGAGAAGUCAUGAGCCUUACCGAUAAUGAUGAAUACGCAAAUUUUGACGAUAUUGAAGAGGACGAACCAGUAGGAGACGAAUUUCGAGAGGGGCCGUGGGAAGACCAAGAGGGGCUAAAACUCGACGACUUGAACGAUGUCGAGGAUAUGAACGGACUAGAUAUAAAGACCGAUCCUGGUGUGACAUGUCCAAUAUGCCAGGAAGCGCUAGCAGGACUCAGCGAGACAGAUGUCUCAGUCCAUGUAAAUGAUUGUUUAGACGGUAAACCGAGUUCUACGAAUACACCUACGCCGACACCCACGUUGAUCCCUUCGCCGAAGCCAAUUCCGGUUCCCCCGGAUUCAAAUAAAAGCAUGACGCGAAUUGAACGUGCUGCUAUUGCCCGACCUGCGCAGCGCGACCCAUAUACACAAAGUACCGCUGGUACACGAUCGGCUUUUUCGAAAUUGAUGGCCGGAAAUGCAGAAGAUACUGCCUGGGCUGCAGCGGCUUCCAACGAGGCGUCUUCUCGGGGUAAUCAGGCUUAUCAAAGAACCUGUCCGUUUUACAAGAUCAUGCCCGGGUUUUCGAUAUGCGUUGAUGCUUUUCGUUUCGGGGCCGUGGAGGGAUGCAACGCCUACUUUCUCAGCCAUUUCCACAGCGAUCAUUACAUCGGACUGAGCAAGUCCUGGUGCCAUGGACCUAUUUACUGUAGCCGACCAACAGGCAAUCUGGUUCGACAGCAGCUCCGAGUCGACCCCAAAUGGGUUAUUGAUUUGGAGUUUGAGACCACCUUCGAGGUGCCAAAUACCGGAGGAGUGCAGGUCACGAUGAUACAUGCCAACCACUGCCCCGGCAGCUCUCUAUUUCUCUUUGAGAAGAGCUUUGGAGAUGGACCGAACGCUCGACGACAACGGAUCCUUCACUGCGGCGAUUUCCGUGCCUCCCCGCCCAAGUUGAGCAUCCACUGCUCCGACCUGACCCUAUCAACCCGGCGACUGGCCAGCCGCGACAACAGCGCAUUGACCAGUGCUACCUCGAUACCACCUAUCUCAACCCGAAAGGACGUGAUUGCGGCUUGCUCGGAGCUCUGUGUCCGCCUUAAUCAGGAGGCUGGCGUGAUGCUCGACUCCGGGAGCAAUGGUACUAGUGGUCUCAUGAAUAAAUUUCUGUCAUCAGUGACUGGCAAUGAUAACCGAAACAAGGAGCAGCCGUCAAAAAACAACGGUCGCCUGCUGGUGGUCAUUGGCACCUACAGCAUCGGCAAAGAGCGAAUUUGCCUGGGCAUUGCACGUGCUCUGGGGUCGAAGAUUUUCGCCACACCGCAGAAGCAGCGGAUCUGCAAGUGUCUAGAGGACCCGGAACUCUCAUCGCUAUUGACGAGUGACCCCAAGGAAGCGCAGGUGCAUAUGCAGACCUUGUUUGAGAUUCGAGCCGACACUUUGGCCGAUUACCUCGACCCGCUCAAACCGCACUUCUCCCGGGUAGUCGGCUUUCGUCCCACGGGAUGGUCGUACCGGCCUCCUGCUGGCCGCAAGUUGCAAAACCCUCCGGUGCCCACAGUACUGCGUGGCGAACAUUGGCGCACGCCGUUUACGGCACAGGAUCUGACCCCGCAACGCGGAAGCACACGGGAGAGCGCGUGCUUCGGGGUACCGUACAGCGAACACAGCUCAUUCCGGGAACUCACAAUGUUCUGUUGUGCGUUACGGAUUGGGCGGGUAAUUCCUACGGUGAAUGUGGGUAGUGCGAAGAGCCGUGAGAACAUGAAGGCGUGGAUCGAGCGGUGGGAGGCGGAGAAGAAGCGCAAUGGGCUGUUUCCCGUGGCAGAGUGGUGA